AUUAUCAGAAAAAAGCUUUUUGUAGAUUGGUGCGCAUUUCACAAGUUUACAAAUAAAACGGAUGUUUCUUUUAAGAAAAGAUGCAUCAGAUACUAAGUAAGUUGGCUCUACUGAUGAGCAUCCUACACGUUGAAGGACUUUUCUUUCACAUAAGGGGGAUGGAGCGAAAAUGCUUUAAAACGGAGACACCGGAAGAUACAAAUCUAAUAGUUAACUAUAAGGUGGAGGAGUAUGAUCCCCCAUCCAAUAAUUGUACGCGGCUUCCGAAAAAUUAUGAACUGCAUAUAGAAGUAACAGAUAACGACGACAAAAUUUUUUUAAGCCGCGAUUAUCCGGCAGAGAGUCGAAUCACCUUCACGGUAUUUCGAGAAGGCGAUACUUCUAUCUGUCUAAGUUCCAAGAAUCCCAACAAGUUCAAAUGGCUUCGUGUUCACUUGGACAUCCAGGCAAAGACGAGCAACGAGAAUACAUUGAAAGAACGUAAGAUGGACACCAUGCUGUUGCGUGUAAGGCAGCUUUUGGACCAGGCCGAGCAGAUCAAAAAGGAGCAAAACUAUCUGCGCUAUCGGGAAUUCAAUUUUCAAUAAUUAGUGAGGAUAUUUAUUCUAGUGUGUUUUUUUGGUCGUUGCUUCAAGUCUCGAUGCUGGUAUGCAUCUGGAUUUUUGUUUCUGCUCGCGUAAGUCAGCAAUCUGUUAUGUACGGGGUGUUCUGUAAACUUAUCCAUGAAAAGGAGCUUUCCAAGAAUUCAAAAGUUCAGGACGAGAAGAGCUUACUGUACAUUAAUGGAAAUCAUCGGGCCGCAGGGGCAACAUCUAUCUGGCAGCGAAAUUUCGCAGUGGAUCAAACAAGUUGCAGAUUCUGAAAAAGCAGAACAUUUUGACGAAAGCGAUUUAAUCUCUAUCACCGAAAAACUUCAGACAAAAGUUAAAGAAUUUGCGGAUUUGCUCAAGGGUCCAAUACCAGUUUCCCAAAACAAUCCUACUGACAAACACUUGAAAGCCAAUUUAUCCCUUUUAUUGGCCACCGCCGAACAAAAUCGGGGUAAUAACAUCAAAUGCAACGGAGUUCUAAUGACCUGCGACUGCAAAGAUUGCACUCCUAAGGAGCAAAGAAAACAACUUGUCACUCAAGUAUGAAGAAUAUAAUUUUUUUUGCAUGUUUUCUUGUGAUUUAUUAUUAAAAACAUCGUAUAAAAUGCAGUUUCAUAACCUCUUCUCCGUAUCUAUAUAAG